GUCCGUCCGGUUAAAUUUUGCCACCAUCUCCUGAAAUCACCUUGGGAAUUGUUUUGAGUGACUGACGUACCCCCUAGUGACAUACUUCAUAUCGUAAGAAAGCUCUGUUUUCGGCGGAUCGUUUGGAUGGAGCAGUUUUUUUUUGUUGUUGUUGGCGAGAAAAUCACGAUUCCGUGGAGAUUUUGGACGAUUUUGGUUAGUUUUAUUUGGUCGAGUGUGAGGUCAUAUAUUUUUUUUUAGACCGGUUUUGAACGUAUCACGCCCAGGGGCUCACGGCGACACAACUCAGCUUUAUUUUCGCUAAUAAACAACGGAGAUAUGGGCAGAAAACCGCAUUUCAGGUGCCCUCAGAGUUUAGUUUCUUGGGGAGUAUUGAACCAUACGAUGUCCAAAAACUCAACGGAUUCGGGCGAAUUGGACCUGCACCUAGGGACGUUUUUUUUUUUUUCCAAAAAAAAUUCGUUUGAGCGAAAUAUGGCCGCUCAAAGUUUGGUGCUGCUGACACACACACAAAGCCAAACACGAAACACCAUAACCCACACCAUACAGCAGCACCGGGCACCCCAAGAGGGCCCACACAAGUCUACCCAUGUCCGGGCGUCGUGGUGCCGGGCGUCCUCCAAAAAGGAAGCGCGCCUUCAACAAAGCUGGUCAGUUUACAGCUGCUGCUGCACCACCAGAACCACUCGCUGCGGACACUCCACCAGAACAUGGCAACGACACAUGUUAUGAAGGAGACGAGGAGGGCCACAGCAGCAGCAGCCAACACAGCAGUGACAGCGACCUCGGCAGCUGCAGCUCGGGCAGCUCGGGACACGUCAAGUAUGACGGCAAGAGCAAACGACACAGACGGCGACUCCGACAAAUGCGGCGGGAUCAGGAGGACAGGCGGGGUGUGCAAACGCUUCUCCAGAUGUGGGCACCACCUUCGUCCUGCAGCACUCCAGCCCCCGAGCCAGCCCCCGAGGACACGCAUAACGCAGGAGACACCGAGGAUGGGGCGGUGGUCUUCGAGAUAGAGGGGGGUGGAGACGACGGUGACGAGCUCAGAAAUUGGUUUGGAGAAGAGGACAUGCGAGACGUUGACGUGUGCCUGGAGGGACGCAGCUCGGGUUCUGAGGGCCUCAUCUUUGGGGGAUACUUGGGUGACUCGGGCGACUGCUCGUCCGGGGAAGAUGACGCGGAGUCGAACGAUGCCGAGGAGAUGCCGCAGCAGCCAUUAGAGGGAUUCCCGCAGCAGCCAUCAGAGGGAGCACAGCAGGACCCGCUGGAAGGAUGCCCUCCUGGGCCGGCAGAUCAAAAUUCCGCCGCAAGGAGAUCUCCCCGCAUCUUGCCCACCGCAACAUGCGCGCCACGGCAACGGACAGCGCGGUCAAAGGGUCGGCCCGCUGGACCGGGACGCGGCAAGAACAAGGAGCAAGCUUUCCCCGGAAAGCGCAGCAAAGGCAGCAGGAAGCGGGAGAGGGAGUCAAAAAAAUCCGCGAAACGGCGUGCGGAGAGGGAAGCGGCGCGUGUGCAGGCUCAAGAAGAGCGACUCAAGAUCUUCGCGAAAGGCAAAGAUAUUCUCUUUCCGGCGGUACGGUUCUUACGGCUGGAUCACAUCGUGGAGAAGCCGGACGAGGCGCUAGCAACCGACAGCAAGAAGGGCCACGCUCUUCGACAGGCGUGCGCCAUCUUGGCCUUCUUGUCUCUUGAGCUGGAAAACGGACGGCACCCCAUCAAGCACAGAGAGAUUGCGGCGCUUCCAGCAGGCGUGACCGCUCGAGUGGUUCGGUCGUGGGUGCGUGACUUUCUCGUCAACACGAGGUUCAAGAUUCGCGUGCGGCAGCGUUCCAAACACGGCUUGCUCUCGUUCAUCGAUGAUGAAGACCUGCGGGAAGUGAUGCGCGAGUGGCUGGACGGCAAAAUCUAUGGCCGCAAGAACGGGGAGCCGCAGAUGCGUGUUCGAGACUUCCAGACGUGCUUAUGGAAGUUAUAUGGUUGCAUCUUUGCUGUCCAUGUUAAGCGAUGGUGGUUCCUGCGUUCAAUUUUUGUUUUUAGGCAAUAGGCAAGGUGCGUUCGCGUUCACGACGGGGUGACUGGAUGGAAUCGAUGUUCAUCCUAGUCCUGUGGACAUAUACUAUCUGUUGCUUGAUUUUUCCACAGCAAUUAAAGUCGCAACAUCCGGCUAUUUGGUGCACAUGGCAGGUACCUCAACGAGACCCUCCUGGAGCCUUACAUGGAAGAGGGUAUGCGAGGAAUUUCCCUGGAUACAGCACACAGAUGGCUGCAAGACUUGGGCUUCCGUUGGCGGCGCCACAGAAAGUGCGUCUACGCAGACGGCCACAACCGCCCCGACAACAUCAAGAGGAGGAUGGAGUACGUGGCCGAGAUGAUGGAGCUCCAGAAGCGCACAGUCAAGCUCAGAAAGAUCGGAGAGGGUUCUGAAGCCAAGGAGGUUGCACUUUGGCCGGCCGUGUGCGGUGGCGAAGACUCGGGGGCAGAACGUGCGUGGAUGC